AUGGCCUCGGAGGAGGCAACUACUCAGAGGCCAGAGAAGCCUAAGGAGCCUCGGGGCAAGGAGAAAGUCUCUGAGGAGACUAAGAAGAGGAAGCUGGUGCACAUCUCCAGCUCAGCUGGCAAGUUUGGGACCUCAGUGUCCCAUAGAGCUGAACAGACUGGAGAGCCGAAGCUUUUUGCUGUAGCCUCUAAAGCCAUCAAAAUGGAGAUGGUAAGAGAGGUAGAGGCUGAAGAGGCCAGAAAAGAGGCUGCGAGGCAAGCUGCAGAAGCCGCUGAAGAGGAGGCGGCAAAGGAGAAGCCGGUUCGGGAGAAGGGGAAGACCCACGCCUCGGAGGGGAAAGCUGCCUCCCUUGCAGAGGAGGUUAAAGCUGCUAAGGCUGAGGCUGAAGAAGCCAGAUCCCAAAAAGUUGAAGAGGCGGUGAAGCUGGAGUCUGCUUUGGCCCAAAUUGAGGCCCUGAAGAAGGAAGUAUAUGAGUCACAGUGCGAGGUGACUGCUGAGGCCCUUGAGAAGGCGAAUCUUUCCUUGGCCGGUGCUCGAGAUGCUUAUCAGUUUCUUGAAGGCCAGGCGAAGUGGUACAUGAACGACGCCUCUGUUGCCAGAGAAGAGGCCCGAACUGCAGCAGAAGAGGCGGUGAAGGAAUACAUCGCCAAUUUCCACACUACAGAGGAGUAUAAAAGCUUCAGCGCGUACUGGAGGAACUUCGCCUAUGCCGAAGUGCUGGAGAGGGCAGAGGAGCUCUAUCCCAACUUGGACCUGGCUCAACUUAGGUCCGAGUUUGUGGAUGAGGUACCUCAGACGCCAGCUGAGGAGGUCUAG